GCCUGCAGUUACCCACAAUUCCCGGCCAAACGUCAAGUAACCCAGACGUGGCAGAGAACCUUGCUUUAUUUCACCCUUCCACCCUUCACCAUGGGUCUCACCUUGUCUACAGUGUUCUCCAGGCUAUUUGGGAAGAAGCAAAUGAGAAUACUAAUGGUGGGCCUGGACGCCGCUGGGAAGACAACUAUCCUGUACAAGCUAAAAUUAGGAGAGAUCGUCACCACAAUCCCGACCAUUGGGUUCAACGUAGAAACAGUCGAGUAUAAGAACAUCAGCUUCACAGUGUGGGACGUAGGUGGACAAGACAAAAUCCGUCCCUUAUGGAGACACUACUUUCAAAAUACUCAAGGACUCAUCUUUGUGGUCGACAGCAAUGACAAGGAGAGAAUAACAGAAGCAAGCGACGAACUUGCAAAAAUGCUGCAUGAGGAUGAGCUUCGAGAUGCCGUCCUCCUGGUGUUCGCCAACAAGCAGGACCUCCCCAACGCUAUGACCGCCGCAGAGCUCACCGACCGCCUUGGACUUAACCAGCUCAGGAGCCGCAGGUGGUACAUCCAGGCAUCGUGCGCCAUGCAGGGUCAGGGGCUGUACGAGGGACUGGACUGGCUAUCAAACGAACUCUCCAAGAAAUGAAACCAAAACCAAGCAAGAAUGAGAGACUGAGAGAGAGAGAGAGAGAUAGGGAGAGAGAGAGAGAAGGAGAGGGGAGGGAUGGGGGGCCCUGUUGAGGAUGGAUGGAUGAAUAUAAACAUUUAUGGGCACUUUUACCAGAAGGAUAUUUAUUGUUUUGUUUAUAUACAUUUUUCUUUUUGUCUCUUUGUGAAGAUUCCAUUCUGAAUAUUGCAGCAGCAGGGAUGAGGUUACAUUCCUUGUUGCCACUAUGAUUCAUUGACCAGUUUUCAUAGUUUGUAACUUCCUAACAAAGAUAUUUGACAAC